UUGGCUACGGCAGGGAGAAGGGAAAAAAAGAGAGAGCGAGAAGGGCCGGUCCCUUCAGUUGUCGCGGAAGCGGCGCGGCUGCUGUUGAAAGGAUGGGACCGAGUCGGGCUUAGCGGAGCAGCUGCCGCCAUGAGCGGAGCAGCGGCUGGUGGGGAGGGAAGGAGCGGCGACUCCCCAGCAGGCCGUUGGGCGCGCUGGAAGUUGCUGGCUUUGGGCCUCCUCUCCGCUUCCUCGGUGUUGGCGGCAGCCCCGGCCGCUCAGGCCAUGAGCAGGGAGGAGAAACGUCGCCUCGGGAGUCAAGUGCUGGAAAUGUUUGAUCAUGCCUAUAGUAAUUACAUGGAACAUGCCUACCCAGCUGAUGAACUCAUGCCUUUAACUUGCCGUGGAAGAAUUCGGGGUCAAGAACCAAGCCGUGGGGAUGUGGAUGAUGCCUUGGGAAAGUUUUCUCUGACACUGAUUGAUACCUUGGACACUCUUGUGGUAUUGAAUAAAACCAAAGAGUUUGAGGAUGCGGUUAAAAAAGUGAUCAAAGAUGUUAAUUUGGACAAUGACAUUGUAGUAUCAGUGUUUGAAACAAACAUAAGAGUUCUUGGAGGGCUUCUAGGUGGGCACUCCUUAGCAAUCAUGCUGAAAGAAAAGGGUGAAGCCAUGCAGUGGUACAACGAGGAACUUCUGCACAUGGCAAAGCAGUUGGGCUACAAGCUCUUGCCAGCUUUUAACACCACCAGUGGUCUCCCAUAUCCAAGAGUUAACUUAAAAUUUGGUGUAAGGAGUCCUGAGGCUCGAACAGGAACAGAGACUGACACAUGUACAGCUUGUGCGGGUACCUUGAUCCUGGAGUUCGCUGCUUUAAGCCGCUUCACAGGAGCAUCAGUAUUUGAGGAAUACGCAAGGAAGGCACUUGAUUUUCUUUGGGAGAAAAGGCAACGCAGCAGUAAUCUGGUGGGCGUCACCAUUAACAUUCAUACCGGUGACUGGGUCCGAAAAGAUAGUGGAGUUGGAGCAGGAAUAGAUUCAUACUAUGAGUAUUUAUUAAAAGCCUAUGUCUUGCUCGGAGAUGACAGUUUCCUUGAAAGAUUUAACACACAUUAUGAUGCCAUAAUGAGGUACAUUAGCCAGCCGCCACUCCUCCUUGAUGUGCACAUACACAAACCAAUGCUCAAUGCUCGGACCUGGAUGGAUUCUCUGCUUGCAUUUUUUCCAGGCUUGCAGGUGUUGAAAGGUGACAUUAGACCUGCUAUAGAAACUCAUGAGAUGCUGUAUCAAGUGAUAAAAAAGCAUAACUUCCUUCCUGAGGCUUUCACAACAGACUUCCGGGUCCAUUGGGCUCAGCAUCCUUUACGUCCAGAAUUCGCAGAGAGCACUUAUUUUUUGUAUAAAGCUACGGGAGAUCCUUACUACCUAGAAGUAGGAAAAACUCUCAUUGAGAACUUAAAUAAAUAUGCACGAGUACCUUGUGGGUUUGCUGCAAUGAAGGAUGUCCGUACUGGAAGUCAUGAAGACAGGAUGGACUCUUUCUUCCUGGCAGAGAUGUUUAAAUACUUAUACCUGCUCUUUGCUGAUAAGGAAGAUCUGACUUUUGAUAUAGAAGACUACAUCUUUACUACCGAGGCUCAUUUACUACCUCUCUGGCUGUCUACUACAAAUCAGACAGCCCCUAGGAAAAAUAUUACUACAGAAUAUACAGAACUGGAUGAUAGUAACUUUGACUGGACAUGCCCCAACACCCAGAUUCUCUUUCCAAAUGACCCCAUGUAUGCUCAGAGCAUCAGGGAACCUCUGAAAAAUGUGGUAGACAAGAGCUGUCCUAGGGGUGUAUCCCGAGCGGAGGAGAGCUUUGGUAGUGGACCAAAGCCACCGCUGAGAGCUAGAGACUUCAUGGCCAGCAAUCCUGAGCAUUUGGAGAUACUGAAGAAGAUGGGAGUCAGCUUGAUUCACCUCAAAGAUGGAAGAGUCCAGCUUGUGCAACAUGCUAUCCAAGCAGCGAGUUCACUUGAUGCAGAAGAUGGUCUGCGGUUCAUGCAAGAAAUGAUUGAGCUGUCCAGUCAACAGCAGAAAGAACAGCAACUACCUCCACGUGCAGUUCAAAUUGUUUCCCACCCAUUCUUUGGCAGAGUGGUGUUGACAGCUGGGCCUGCACAAUUUGGAAUGGACCUGUCCAAACACAAAUCAGGGACAAGAGGAUUUGUUGUAGUCAGUAAACCUUAUAAUGGAUGCUCUGAGAUCACCAAUCCCGAAGCAUUGAAGGAGAAAAUUGCUUUGAUGCAAAGAGGACAGUGCAUGUUUGCUGAAAAGGCUCGGAACAUCCAAAAAGCUGGGGCUAUAGGUGGCAUCGUUAUUGAUGACAACGAAGGCAGCAGCAGCGACACAGCCCCUCUCUUCCAAAUGGCAGGAGAUGGCAAGAACACAGAUGACAUCACUAUCCCCAUGCUGUUUCUGUUCAGCAAAGAGGGCAGUAUUAUCCUUGAUGCCAUCCAGGAAUAUGAAGUUGUAGAAGUGCUGCUGUCGGAUAAAGCAAAGGACAGAGAUUUGGAAAUGGAAAGUGUGGAUCAGAAGUCAUCUGAUAACGAUUCCCAAAAUCAGAGGUCAGAAGAAAUCUCAGCCAAUCUGAACUUUGUCAGUCAACACUCAGAAGAAGAAGAAGAAGAAGAAGAAGGUGGUGGUGGCGGCGGAGGCAGUGGCUUGAAUUCUCCUGCAGAGUUGAGUGGAGAUAGUAUUUCUCUUGAAAACCAGGAUUCUUGUGCCCCCAAACCCCAGGAAGCUGGUAGUAGUCAAACUUCAGAACUAGAUAAUUACCCUGAGGAACAAUCAAAGACUGAGUCAGAUUCUAAUCCUAGUAAUACCUGGGAUAAUAAAGGCCAGUCCAUGGAAUCAAUAUUAGCAGAUUGGAAUGAAGACAUAGAAGCUUUUGAAAUGAUGGAAAAGGAUGAACUAUAACUUCAAAUCACCUGCUUGUGGGACUAUACAACAGUGAACUCCGGAGGACAGUAGGGCCCUAAUAUCUGAAAAAACUAAAAGAAUUGUUCAGUAUUGUGAUCAGAAGCCAGGUUUUAUGGGCAAAAGCCAGCAUGUGUUAAUUUGUAUUUUUUUUUUACUUUUCCUGUUUUUUUUUUUAAAUGGGAAUGUGCAAUUGACCCAUUUUGCAGGGUUCCUUUGCAUGGUGCUGUAACACAGGAGGUUCAUUCAGGGAAUGAUUAAGUUUCCUCCUGGGUUCCAGGUUUUGCUGUGAGUUAGCUUGCCUUAGCCAUGGUAGGCAAAGAAUGAAUGCAAUGGGAUUAAUGCGCCACUGGGUCUGGAACGGCUAGUUGCAGCACAGCAUCCUGGCAUGCAAGAGCCACUGGCUGGCUGCUGGGAAGACGCCGUUUCAAGGGGUCGAUACUGUAUCUCAAUAAAAGCCUUUGUGGAUACCCGGUCAGAGGUACUUCAGGUGGUUGUGCCUUUUAAUUAUGAGGGCAGAACAACAGGCAGCUGCGAUUUGCCCUGUGCCACUUAAUAUGGCAGGUGUGCUGUACCUGUUUAUCACUUCUUCCAUUUGUUACUUUGAGAAAUGACCAAGACAACUUGGAUUUUUUUCUUGAGUUCCUAGUAAAAGUCAUGAUAGCCUGUAAACCAAAGGUAAUGAGCUCUGUUAGCAAAAAGGAAAUUCACAGAUUAAUACUGAAACUUGAAUUUGGGAAUGUCCCCCCCUCCCCCUUGGUUCUGGAAUGUUCAUGUUAAAUGCUGAGGUAAAAAUUAGCCAAAAUUAACAUCCUUGUAGAGUUCUAGAAAGGUUAGUAAAUCAGUUAGUGUUUACGACAGAAUAACUUUCACCUUGAUUGCCAUUUUUGUACUUAGCUUUGCAUCAAUACCACCCCUGUUCCUGUACAUAAUGCAUCUUUCUCCUCCCCCCUCCCCCAAACAACAAGGCCAGUAUCUGGAUAGCAGUCUUACCUGGAAACUGUGGGUCCACGGUAUGGUAUGAAUUCUAGAACAGACUGAUAUGACGUAGAUUCUUUCAAAAUUGCAGUAGGUUUCAGUUUGACAACGAUCAUGUUUCACAAAUGUCUUACUUUAAAAUAAGGAUACUUUUUAAAAAGCAAAUGUAGCAGCUGCAACCACCACAACAAAAGCAAAUGGUGUUAAUACAAUUGCAUCUCUCACAAGACUGCCAGACACUAUUUAUAUCCAGUCUUAAUUGUUUUCAUUUUGGUAGUUUUAAUCUUCUUUCUACUGAGUGAAUGUGUUUUGCUUCAGAAAACCAACUUGGCACUACCUGUUUGCUGUGCCAGAUUCAGCCACUUUAUGUAUAGCUGAUUUUUAGUGGAAAGUUACCAUUAUGUGAGGUGCGGUAUAAGUGGAGGAAAUGCCUCUAUUAUUACAAGGACCUGUUGGGGCAUUUCACCCCACUAAAUGAUUCUUGUUAGAAAAGGGCAGGUUUUGAAGGGCGACAAAUGGCAUCUUCAAAUGCAAUGAUUUGCUUUCUCCAAGAACUGAAUAGUAGCCUCGUGCUUGCAUGGGAUGUGGUAAGCUGGAAUACUUGGGAACAGCCCUAGAGAAAGAGACUAAAUCUGCUUCUUGCACUCCAUUCCUAGUGGACCCUUUGACUGGGGUACAGGAUACCUUUUACUCCCUUCUCCAUUGUGUCCUCGAUUGCAGACAUUUGGUCAUGCUAAUAUGUGUUAGGUUUUUGAGGUUGUGCUUUUUAGAUUUGCAGAUUGAAGGACAACCUAUUGUUCAGCUGGCGAACACAUCAGUUACACUUGUCCCCUAAGACAGGUUCUAAUGCAGAAAGAUAUUGAUGUGAGAAUCAUACCUUCAAAUGUACAGGCAUUUCUCUGAGACAGUACUGGGCAUCUUAAGAGACCAUUCUGCAGACAUUGGUAAAUUAAUGAAUAAGUGUCCUUUUAAAUUUGUUUUGCAUUUUUUGCAUGCAAGUUAGAGCUGGGGGAUUCAUUGUUGGUGAAAUAUCCAACACUGAAUUAGGUUUAUGCUUGAUUUUUAUAGGGUGAGAGAUUCCUUCAGGGAAUUUGGGUAGAGUCCUCUCUCUAAAGUGUCCUUUGUUAAUUUGGACCCAGAUCUAGAAGAGAAUGUGUGCAUGUGUUUUGGCCAUGUGACUACAAUGAAGUUGAGCUUAUGAAAUGCAGCAGAUUUGAGUUACAUUGGUUGAAAACAAACAAGAUUUUUUCAUGUCAAAGGGCUAAGGCUGCUAGUAAAAGUAGUAUAUUAACUGUGAUCUAAGCUGUCUCACUCCGUUAAGGCACUAUUUUCUUUAGCCCUUUAGUAAACAUUGCUUACUUGGUAUCUCUGGUAAAGUGGUUCUCUGGUCAUUACAGCUUUGCUAAGCAUUUCAGACAGAAAUAAACCUCCUUUAUAGAGCUACAACUAAAGAUUUUGUUCCUUCCUACAGAUAAAUUAAGAGUUUUGCACUACCUGCUGCUACUUGCUCAUAGUCCAUAACCUAAAAAUCCAUAUUACACAUUUGACAUUAAAUAUUUGAAAAAUGGUUUGCAUCUUCCUCUUUGAUUCAGGGAUUCUUUGAAAGGCCCUCUUGUUGUAUAAAGGAGUAUCUGAAAGGUGGUGGUCUACCUCAGAUAUAGGUUGCCCUUUUUAUAUCUUAGUUGUUCAUCACAGCCAUAAACAUGUUUUCAUGAUAAGAAGUUUACAUUGUAUCAACUGGAUUUGGAAACUGGUUUUUGGAGAGAGGUUACCUACUUAAUGAGUUAAUAGCUUCAUGUCACAAUGGAAAGCUCUUCUUGGGAUAAGCAUUCCAGUACCUGGCAGGAGAGGGCUCAUACAUGGCCUCAGCCCCAUGGAGAAAGAAACGUCGGAGCUGGCACAAUAACAGGUUGAUCUCUGGCCAUGAUUUCUCUGUUGUUGUUCUAUCUGAAGUCCUCCUAUAAUUUGGAGACAUAUAGCAGGAUUGGAAGGAGAGGGGGGGGUAGAGAUUACCCUUUCCAUCAGGACAAUGGAGGAAACAUUCUGUGAAUGCAUACCAUACAUCCAGAUUUUAUAAGACUUUUUACCAGCCCAAUUUACAGCCGUCUAUUUUCUUAUGAUGUAAUUUAUGAAAAAUGUAAUAAGGGGUGCUGUAACACUACUGUUGGGUUUUAGCGUCUGGUGAUUUUAAGUGUGUACAAUAUUUCUAAGGGCAACUGUGUACUGUGAUGUAAAAGUUUGGGCUAAAAGUGUACAUAGUCCAUGUAUAUAAAAUUGUGUACUUGAUUAUAAUUGCUGAUUGUAAAGAUUUAAUAAAACGUGUAAAUAUUCUGCUCAGAA